AUGAAUUGUUCUGACUCAGCCGUUUCAAGGAAGAUAUUGUUCAGGAUUUCAGAUGCCGAGGGCUCUGGACUGCAGUUCCCAAUAGGUAGGGCGUCCGUGAAGGAUCCGGAACGCUUUGACAGAGAGGAUAACUUUUUGUUUCACGAAAAGAGCUUGAGUAAGAAGCAUGCAGUGCUAUGCAUCAAGCGUCUCUUCCCUGCGGAAAAGGAUCCAUAUGUUUCGCUAUUGGAUCAGUUUAGGAUUUCAGUGCAAGACUUAGGCUCCACGCACGGUGUGGUUGAUUUACAGUCGCAGGACGCAGACGCCAAGGUGAUUGACUUGAAAAAUGGCGAGCGAUUCGGGCUUAUCAAGCUCUACGAGCCUCUCGCUGCUGGCCAGUCUCGAGGCGCUAAGCUCAAGUUUCAGGUGUUUCUCCGGACUAAUGAACUCCGCCCAAACUCUGACAACCUGGAACUCGUUUUGAGCAACGUGACUUACAAUGACAGUCCAUACGUAAGCAGGCCUUCCACCGUUGGACGGACAGGAGAAAUGGACGAGAUGUCCAACUCGGGUUCGUCUUCUGACCUCAACUUCAGUGAAGAUUUUGACUUGGAGCUAGACACCUAUGAACGCGAUUGCAGCGCUCCCCACGAAGCCAGCUGUAGCAGGGAACAAGCAUGCCAAGUUAGGAAGGAAGAGGAUGACGGUGACGAAGUUGUUGGUGGCAGCGCAUGUAGUAAAGAAAACUAUAGGGAUGCAGAUGAUGACGACGAGGAUGAUGACGAGGAAAUUGAGGAAGAUGACGAGGUCGAAGGAGUUGAGGGAGGUGAAGGAGUUGAGGGAGGUGAAGGAGGUGAAGGAGGUGAAGAAGGUGAAGAAGGUGAAGAAGGUGAAGAAGGUGUCCAGUGUCACUUCGGGGGCCAGAAAGUCGUUGCUCUGUCAACGGCCGCUGCCGAUGAUGACAACAGAAGUAAUGUUCUAGAUAGAACACUUAAUCCACCGGCCCUAUUCGUUAGUGAAAGCGAAUUUGAAAAGUUAGACAACUUUCCUGACGUUGUGGGCACAAGUAACGGGCCUUUUGCUUCACAAUGUUGCCCCGUGAUCGAAAUCAGUUCUUCUCGCGAAAUUACUCCUCAAUGCUACGAGAGUGCCACUACUACCGCGCUGCCACUUGAAGAGAUGACAUCCAAGCACACUGAUGUCGCCUCUUGUGUCGUGUCAAAAAAGAGGGGUUUGGAUUUAGAGUUUAAAGAUGUUUCGGCACAUGACGAUGUCAAGAGAGUAAAGGCCAGUGCUGCUACUGCGGAGCCACGCCGGCCAUUAUUAGCCGAGACAAGACAAGUGGUAGUAGGAAGUGUGCUUGGGUUUUUGGCUGGCUCUGUGGGUACUUUGGGUCUUUUGGUAGGUAUCGCCAACAUGGGGUAA